CGGAAGCAGAGUUAAGUGAGGUUACGUGGUGUUCCUAAUUGGGUCACACUGCUCACCCAGCUUUGUGAAAUAAAUUUAAUAAAAAUAAAAAAAAAACUAAAAAUUAUAAUAAAAAAGUAAAAAAAAAUCGUAAAAUCAACAAAAAUUUGUAACAAAAUAAAGUGUAAACGAAAAAUUUUGUUCCAUAUGUUUUUACGAUUUGAUUUCCUCGCGGAAUUUAGUGAUUAAAUUUAGUGUACUUUGAUCUAACAUUCUAAAACAAUGAAUCCGGGAGCUCCUAAUUAUCCUAUGGUUUCACUUUAUGUGGGUGACUUGCAUUCCGAUGUCACCGAAGCCAUGCUCUUCGAGAAAUUCUCGACCGCCGGACCUGUCCUUUCCAUCCGGGUUUGUAGAGAUAUGAUAACGAGACGUUCUCUCGGAUACGCCUACGUUAACUUCCAACAACCGGCCGAUGCGGAACGCGCCCUCGACACCAUGAAUUUCGAUUUGAUGAAGGGACAGCCGAUCCGUAUCAUGUGGUCUCAGCGCGAUCCUAGUUUACGCAAGUCCGGAGUCGGUAACGUGUUUAUUAAAAAUCUCGAUAAGAGCAUCGAUAAUAAGGCGAUGUACGACACGUUUUCCGCUUUCGGUAACAUUCUGAGCUGCAAAGUGGCGCAAGAUGAGAACAGCGUUAGUAAGGGAUACGGAUUUGUCCACUUUGAGACCGAGGAGACGGCUCUUAAGUCGAUCGAGAAAGUUAACGGUAUGUUACUUAACGGUAAGAAAGUGUACGUUGGCCGUUUCAUUCCACGUAAGGAGCGCGAAAAGGAAUUGGGGGAGAAGGCCAAGCUGUUCACGAAUGUCUACAUUAAAAACUUUGGCGAAGAUAUGAACGAGGAGCAACUGAAGGGGUUGUUUGACAAGAUUGGCUCGAUCACGAGCUUGAAGAUUAUGACUAAAGAGGAUGGUAAAUCACGCGGAUUUGGUUUUGUCGCGUUCGACAAUCCGGAAGCAGCAGAAGCCGCCGUUGAGCAAUUGAACGGUAAGGAAUUGAUUGAGAAUAAGCCUUUGUACGUGGGACGUGCCCAAAAGAAAGCGGAGCGCCAGCAGGAGUUACGUAAGCGCUUCGAGCAGUUGCGCUUGGAACGUAUCAACCGAUUUCAAGGUGUCAAUUUGUACAUCAAGAAUCUUGACGAUACCGUGGAUGACGAAUGUCUCCGUAAAGAGUUUGCGCCGUUCGGUACCAUCACCUCUGCGAAAGUGAUGUUGGAGGAAGGCCGUAGCAAAGGCUUUGGGUUCGUCUGCUUUUCAUCGCCCGAAGAGGCCACAAAGGCCGUUACCGAAAUGAACGGUCGCAUUGUGGGCACCAAACCUUUGUAUGUGGCAUUAGCCCAACGUAAAGAGGACCGUAAGGCCCAUUUGACCUCGCAGUACAUGCAACGCAUGAACAACAUGCGCAGUAUCCAACAUCAAAUGAGCCAAUACAUUCAACCGGGUAAUGCGGGCGGCUACUUCGUGCCUACCCUGCCUCAGCCGCAACGUUUUUAUGCCUCGCAAAUACCGAGAAUCCCAACAACACCACGCUGGACCGGCCAAACGCAACAAAGCGGCCCUGCUUCCUAUCAAGCAUCCAUGCAAAAUACUUAUCGCCCGGCAAACCGCGCACCGAACCCGGCUAACGCAAUGCGCAACAACGUCGGUGUCCGCCCCAUCACCGGCCAACAGCCGGCUAACAUUCAAAGACGCCCAGUCGCCACGACAACCGUCGUCGCCGCAGGCAACCGUCAGCAAAGCUUCAAGUACAGCAGCAACAUGCGUAACCCCGCCUCCGCGCUUGCUGCACCCCCGAUACAACAAGCCGUACACAUCCAAGGUCAAGAGCCUUUAACCUCCACCAUGCUGGCGACCGCUCCUCCGCAGGAGCAGAAGCAGAUGCUCGGGGAGCGUCUCUUCCCUCUGAUCCAACGUGUGCAUCCCGAUCUGGCCGGUAAAAUCACAGGCAUGUUGCUUGAAAUAGACAACUCCGAGUUGCUCCACAUGUUGGAGCACAACGAGGCGCUCAAGACUAAAGUGGAGGAAGCCGUCGCCGUGUUGCAAGCCCACCAGGCCAAGCAAGGCACUCCCCAAAUUAAAGCCGAAUAAAUUAAGUACACAAAAAAAUGGAAAAAAAUUGCAAAAUAUAUAAAAACUUAAAAAUAAACAUUUUACUUUUAGAUCACGA